CAUGAUGGGGGCAGUAGUGAGCCUCAGAGUACUUUGGUGUUGAGUGUCCCUGAAUGUCUCCGUCCAGAGUACACCACCUUCCUCUCGCUGCCCGUGAACGCCACCCAGGUCCUCGUGGUCAACACGUCUCCGCGCUUCACUCACCUGGCGGUGGUGGUCAACCAGCGGUACCUGGUGUCUGGACAGGGCAGAGUGUCCCUCAACGUCAGCCACCCCUCGGCCGUGGACGACAGGAGCCUCAAAUACCACCUCCACCUGAGCCACGACUUCUUACCAGAGAGGGAGGAGCUGACGCUGCCUGGACCGCUGCUGGAGGACGUGGACGUACAGGUGGGGAGGGACGGGGACGGAUGCAUGGAGGGACGGAUGCAGGGAUGGAUUUAUGGGUGGACGGAUGGAUGGAGGGACGGACGGACGGAUGGAGGGACGGAGACGGACAGAGUCUACCCCAAAUAUGGACGAGAGUACGGAGACCAAACCAACCCUAACAUCACUUACCAGUUUUAUGUACCUGCCAGAAAGAGUAUACAGAAGUACACGUACGUGUGUACAGGUGAAAACACCAGGUGUGAGUCUCCUGAACCAGAACGUCCCCCUCAGACCAGCUGCCAGCUCCCGGCCUGUCCACCCAGGUGGGUCGCGAGAGUGUGUCCAGUGAGCUGCGUUCAGAAUCGUAGACCUGAGGAGGUUCAGGUCCCCGACUCUCAGUGCUCCACGGACUGUGCUCCAGCGGCAGCAGAGACGUGUAACCUGGAGGUCUGUCCUGCCAGGUACGACGUCUACGGCGGGGGGAAGAUUUCAACGUUUCUGUUGUUUUCAACCUCAGGUGCACGUCCUCACAGGUGGAGCGAGUCGGAGUCUGCGAACUGUUCUGCAGUCUGUGGGCCGGGACAGGCCAGACGUGUGGUUAGGUGUGUCCAGACGAAGGCAGGUCAGGACGUGGAGGUCGACCACGGCUUGUGUCUGCCGCUUCGUAGACCACCUGACUCUGUACCCUGUGGGGUCGACGACUGUCCCAUGGGGUGGGAAUCUGAAGGAGCGGACCAGCCUGUGCCCAAGUCCGGUCUGUCCCAGUCCACAGACACCCCUGUGUAUGUUUGGAGUCCUGUCGUCAGCCAGUGUUCCAAAACCUGCGGCGGAGGAACGCUGCAGGUGUGGUUUUCCUGUGUGGACCAUCAGACCAGGUUGGGGGUUCCAGACCUCUUCUGCGACCCGUCCUCCAGACCUCCUCCUCAGUCUGAGAGCUGCGGCGCGGCGUCCUGCCCGGCCACGUGGCGAUCCAAGGAGGGAGCCUGCAGUGAAACGUGCGGAGGGGGCGUGGCCAACAGGGUGCUGUACUGCGUUCGGGAGAUGGUUGUGGUGGAUUCAGAGUGUGGAGAGUCGGAGAAACCCGCAGCUGUGGUGACGUGUAGUACACACAGCUGUCCAGCAGGGUGGACAGUGUUGGGGACGUCCCCCUGCUCCGUGUCCUGUGACCUGGGCGUGGCCCAGAGGACCGUGUCCUGCGUCCAGUCGGUCAGCGGUCGGGACACUGUGGUGUCGGAGGGGAACUCCUGCGGGAUGCGAAUCUGCACCUUCGGGUGGGAAGUGAAGCCCUGGAGCCAGUGUUCGGUGGACUGUGGAUAUGGGAUCCAGUCCAGGGCCGUAUCCUGUCUGGGCCCCUCUCAGCUUGAGCCCGUCAGCCCACUGCUCUGCAUGCACGCGCCCAAACCAAUCAUCAUCCAAGGCUGUUACAGGGGAAGCUGCAGAGAGGAGGGGCCAACCACCCCCACCACCACCACCACCCUGGGUGAAGGGGGAGUCCUUCUGUCUCCCACCCUGAGCAGCAGUGACUCACCUCGGUUCAGGAUGGACAUCGACCCCAGUCCAACAACGUCCACUACUGCAGCCACCGGCACUAAAGGCAAGUACACACUAGUCCGUGUGGACAGUUGCUGCAGGAGGAACAUCGUGGUCCUGAAAGAUGCCGUUGGUCGCUGCAUGUUGUCAAUCGGCCGACCGCUGGAAGAAGUGAUCCACGUCGAGUCCAGUUCAUUGGACUGCAGUAAAAAGGAGUAUGUGGUAUUUUUUGACCGCCUGACGUUCAUCAGGAAGUGCGUGCAGGUCGCAGGUACCGAGCUGACCACUAGGACCAACAUCCUGCUGGUCCGACUGGACCUGCGGGUUCCUGGGAACGGGAUUGUGUUCACCUACAAGUCGGAGAAAAACACAAAGAGGAGCCACCACCGGGACUGUGACGUUCAGCUGUUUGCCCCUAGUGGUGACUUUGAAAACCCAACGACGUCCAACACCAAUCACACCUGUCGAGUGCUCGUCAGCCCCCCCUUGGUGAAGACCAGGAUCCAGGCGCUGCACAUGGGACUGCCCUCCAACGCCACCACCCCCCCGUCCACCUUCAUCUCGAAAGAGUGA